AUGGACCCCGUCCACGAUGUGGCCAACAUCGCCAGCGCCCUCUACAGAGAUGCUCGCCUCGCCGCCGAUGCUCCUCCCUCAUCCCCGGUCUCGGCGUUGCUGCGGCGUCAGGAUCGGGCCUCCUCUCGCCAGGUUCCGUCCCCAUCUCCGCCCCCCCCGCGCUCCUUCAUUCCCAGGACCGGUGAUGCGUCGUCGCGAAAUGCCAUCUCCUCCGUGGCCAUGGCCACGCCCACGUCCACCACCCAGCUCCCGCUCCCGCUCCCCCAACGACACCAAGCACCCCCCCCGCCGAGGAAGGACCCUGCGCCUUCCAUCCCUACCCAGGCCACGGCGGCCACACUGGCCUCGAUUGAGACCAGCAACACAUCGUACAGUGCCGACACCUCCCCCAGCCUGCACCAGUCCAUCUUCUCCCUCAAGGAUGGAUCCGACAUCUCUAACACCCGCCGCACCAGUAGGAGACGUACCGGGCCUUUAUCGCAGCAGUCCAGGGAGCGGGCUGCCUUGAUACGGAAGCUGGGCGCAUGCGCUGAUUGCCGCCGGCGACGGGUUGCUUGCCACCCGAACCACCAUAAUCUGACCUGGGAGGAUCUCGUCACAAAGUUUCACAGGUCGCACAGCAUCGGUGUCGAGGACAUGGCCCCCUUAUCCGACCCUGGCCGUGCGCCGAGCCCGGCAGCGUCCCUCGCCGCGUCCCAACCGCCCUCGAUGCAUGAUGAUCAGCAGAUGAUGGACAUGGACCCAGUCACCCCCGCCUGCCACCAACCAAGUAGGCUGCCCCUCGGAGAGGCUCGCAUCCGUACUCCCCUCCCUUCGGGCCCGAGGCUCGAGAAGUCUCUUUCCCUGCCUGGUAUCGAGAACCUCAAGAGUGAGUUGCAGAACAACGUCCCGGCCAUGCUCUCCACGUCGAACCGGGGCCGAUACAGCUCCGUCUGCGCUUUGUUGCUUUUCUGGCAGGAGGACGAAGAUGCCGCCGCCGUCGAAGCAGCCGUCAAGAAACUGGCCCACGUCUUGGAGAAGUACUAUCACUAUACGUUUCACAUACAAACCAUUCCAUCCUUCUCGGACAGGUGCAAAAACUCGUGGAGAUGGCUCUCGCAACAGCUCAACAAAUUCGCCGACGAUCGCGACCAGCGGGACGUCUUGAAGAUCGUGUACUACACGGGGCACACCUAUCUCGACGGCAACCGGGAAAUGGUUCUCGCCAGCUCGAGGGAUUACACAAAAGCAUCCACCAUCCGCUGGAGCGGCAUUCAGCAGAUCCUCGAAGAAGCCUGCUCCGACGUUCUCAUACUCAUGGAUGCCGCCUACUACCCAUCCUCGAAAAUGGUGCGCCAGAAGGGUGUGCUGGAGCUCAUCGCCGCCUCGGUGUCGGACGAGCACCUCGUCGCCCUCGACCGAUGCUCGUUUACCCGCGCCCUGGCGGAGCAUCUGCGGACCCGAGCAAGCCGCUCAUCCCCGCUUUCUGCCGCGGAACUCCACUCCAUCCUUCUUGCGACAUAUCCAAAGAUGAUACAGGAUCGGAGCCCCGAGAAGGAGACCAUCACGACCUUUCCCGCCCCCUUGCACUGCAUGAUGUCUGGCAACUCGCGACUUCCCUCCAUUUUCCUCUCCCCCAUCUACCAGUACAGCCCACUGCGCAACAGCUUCUCGUGCGAGAACAGCCCUCAGCUCCACCUCUCCAUCAGACUUCUCGACGACAAUGUCGACGUGGACAGCUGGAGUGAGUGGCUGCGGCUGAUGCCCGACGGCAUCAAGGACGUCAGGGUUGACGGCUCUUUCCGAACCACGUUCAGGUAA